UUGAUUUUCCAUAAAAAUAAUCAUUUAUUGAAACAAUCCAGUUUAGAAUAGUUCAUCAAACAAUAUUCUUAUCCUCAACCUAAUCAAAAUGCGUUUCACCAUUAUAUUGACUCUUUGCUUUAUUGGAGCUGUAUCUGCUAGCUCAUUGAACAGGCGAAGCUUCAUCGAUGAUAUCCAGAACAACACUCGAAAUUCUUUCUAUGCUUUUGAACAAUUCGGUGAAAACUUUAAUAUGAAAGUCCAAGAAGCUUUUGAAAAUUUGUUCAGUGCUUUUGGAAACAAGAGCCAGUUAACUGACAAGGCUUCAGUCAGUAUAACCAAUGGAUCUAGCAACUCAUUUGAUUUAGUCGCGUUUGCUCAAGAUUUGUUGCAAGUCUUUCUCCUGAUGUAGCUCCUAAUCGACGACAGCGAGAUGCUGCUGAAGAUCUUAACCCUCCGUUGAUACUCUUACGAGGAAGUAUCCCAAGUGGUACGCUCUUUUUUUGGUUUAUAUAGUAGAGGAUCGAAAAUUAUUAGACACGUAUUUUGGCUUUUUUUUCGCCGGUGCGCGGUUCGUGAUGUAGAGCCAUUUCAAGUCGCGACAGUCAAUUCAAUGUAAAGCGUAUGGAAGUAACUCUAAAUUUCAUUUUAAUAAAUAAAAUGUUUUCUUGCUUAUCAAAAUAAAUUUUUUAGCAAUCCAGAGAACCUUUGUUAAAUUUGAAAAAGUAUUUGAUCUAUUAUGUGUACCAACAAUUUUUAUGGAUAAACAAUAAGUUUCAUCUCUCUAACUUUUAUGGUAACAAAAUGCGGUCAGUUUAACUAAUAAUCGAACUAAUCUGCUUU